AUGUACAGGAGUCUCAGGGCAGCAGUUGCAGGUAACCCCACCCCGCUACAUGCAGAAGCUUUGGCGGAGGAGCCCACUGCAGACGGAGGACCGCGGUGGGAGCUAGGGCAUCUGGCUGGAGUCCACCGUCCGCCAUUAAGAUGGCGUCCAGCCGCCAGAGUACCACACGAGCGGAAAGAUGGUGCCUGCCAGUGUUCGACCCACAGAACACGUCAGCCUGCCUCCAAAUGUCUGUCAAAUCAGAACUUGUCCUUCAGUUCGAUGCUCCAAGACCAGCAAAUGAGCCUCUCCCACAAAGACUAUCGGCCGCUUGGCGCUGGUCCUGAGGCAGAGAUUGUUAACAUCACUGUAUCUCCACUAGAAGCUAUGCUAAGGUACUUGGGUGGAGGGGGCCCUGUCGUCUCAACUCUUCAUCCUCUGGCCUCAGACUUGGCCCCAUCAAGGCUGGUCUCAUGUGUCUUCUCUAGCCGACGCCGUCAUCCUGAGGAACUGAGUCCUGUUCCUGAACCUGGGGUCCCCCUGGAGUUUUUCACCUCCAUCUUAUCAUCGCCUCAGCAAGGGUCUCCCUUUAUCAUCAUCUCCCCUCCUGACAUCGCGUUCCACCUGCCUGUUAACAUCUCCUGGGCAGCCCAGCCCGCCCGCCCCUUCCCCGCCGGAGCCGCUAGCUCCUUUCCGCGCCCGCCCUCCCGCCCGCCCGCCUGCCCGCGCCCGGCCCCGGAGACCACGAGGUUCCGCAUCUAUAAGCGGAAGGUGCUGAUCUUGACGCUCGUGGUGGCCGCCUGCGGCUUCGUCCUCUGGAGCAGCAAUGGGCGACAAAGGAAGAACGAGGCCCUCGCCCCGCCGCUGCUGGACGCCGAUCCCGCGCGGGGUGCGGGCGCCCGGGCCGGGGACCAUCUCGCCGUGUCGGUGGGCAUCCGCCAGGGCUCCAACGAGUCGGCGGCUCCGCUGGUCGCCGCGGCCCCGCAGCCCGAGGUGGACAAUCUGACGCUGCGGUACCGGUCCCUAGUGUACCAGCUGAACUUUGACCAGACGCUGAGGAAUGUAGAUAAGGCCGGCUCCUGGACCCCCCGAGAGCUGGCGCUGGUGGUCCAGGUGCACAACCGGCCCGAAUACCUCAAACUGCUGCUGGACUCACUUUGAAAAGCCCAGGGAGUCGACGACGUCCUCGUCAUCUUUAGCCAUGACUUCUGGUCGACCGAAAUCAAUCAGCUGAUUGCUGGGGUAGAUUUCUGUCCAGUUCUGCAGGUGUUCUUUCCUUUCAGCAUUCAGUUGUACCCUAACGAGUUCCCGGGCACUGACCCUAGAGAUUGCCCCAGAGACGUGGAGAAGAAUGCAGCUUUGCGGAUGAGAUGCAUUAACGCUGAAUAUCCCGACUCCUUCGGCCAUUAUAGAGAGGCCAAGUUCUCCCAAACCAAACACCACUGGUGGUGGAAGCUGCAUUUUGUAUGGGAGAGGGUCAAAGUCCUUCGAGACUAUGCUGGCCUCAUACUUUUCCUAGAGGAGGAUCACUACUUAGCCCCAGACUUUUACCAUGUCUUCAAAAAGAUGUGGAAAUUAAAGCAGCUAGAGUGCCCCGAGUGUGAUGUUCUCUCCCUGGGGACCUAUACUGCCAUUCGAAAUUUCUAUGACGUGGCUGACAAGGUAGAUGUGAAAACGUGGAAAUCCACAGAGCACAAUAUGGGUCUGGCCCUGACCCGGGAAGCCUAUCAGAAGCUGAUUGAGUGCACAGACACUUUCUGUACUUAUGAUGAUUAUAACUGGGACUGGACCCUUCAAUAUUUGACUGUAUCUUGUCUUCCAAAAUUCUGGAAAGUGCUGGUUCCUCAAGUUCCUAGGAUUUUUCAUGCUGGAGACUGUGGUAUGCAUCACCAAAAAACUUGUAGACCAGCCACCCAGAGUGCCCAACUUGAGUCACUCUUAAAUAAUAACAAACAGUACCUGUUUCCAGAAACUCUAACUAUCAGUGAGAAGUUUAUGACAGCCCUUUCCCCACCUAGGAAAAAUGGAGGGUGGGGAGAUAUUAGGGACCAUGAACUCUGUAAAAGUUAUAGAAGACUGCAGUAAGAAAAAAAACAAAACAAAAUCAGAAUUAUAAAAGCAAAAGUAGUAACAGUCUUCUAUUUUUGAUAUUUGUUCAAAUAGGAUAUACAAUUGAAUAAAAAGGUUUAGGAAC